UCAGACAUCACCAAGACCACCAUCAUCAGGUGGUCCAACAUCAAUGCCAUCGCCAACAACGGGUCCUCAAAGAUCAACGGUAGGUGCUGGCAGCACAGGAAGACCCUCUGGCACGGUCGCUGUUACGUCAUCGGCAACAAUACCUCCAAACCCGAGUGGGAGACGUCGCCGUCGUGAAUCGUUUCCAUAA